UGCGGGGCAUUUAAAGUCACUUCACGAGUCAAGCUUGGAUUAGCACGAAUGUUUUCCGUUUCCCCGGCGCAAACAAUCCGCAUUGGCAGCGCAUUAAAUGAGAAGCUUUGUGUGAAUAGACGAUGGCGGGAUUUGCGUCGCAGACUUAGAUUUAUCAUUUGUGUUUCCGAAUCACUGGAGUUGUUAUGGUCGUCAUUAUCUUUUGAAGUACUGCAUAUUGUUUCCUCUGCAUCUUUUAUUAUAGGUUCUUUUUCAUUUUUCUGAGACAUUUUAAAAUAUGGCCGCUUUUUAUUAUUGAACAUUCGUAUGGUAAGUACGCGUAUCGGCUGAGCUGCGGAGGCAGCCCUAUGCCAGGGUCGCAGAAGCACUGCAGGGGUGCACCAAGAAGUCUGACUAGUGUGGCCAGAAUUAAGGCAACAGUGUGGCCAAUCGACUCAAAUGUGCGUCGAAAGCAGCAGCAGUGCAAUUUCAACAAAAUAAGUUGAAGCAUUUGCGUUGCGGUGUACAAAAAGAAGCAACAGCAAAAACAACAACAACAGCAGCGGGCGACAAUUGCAAUUUGGGUGCAUUACUAACGGGAGUUGCGUUUGUGCAUAGAGAAAAAGCACCGAUAUGUCUGAUCCCGAGCGCCAAAGCUUGAUCAACAAAGACGAGCCGACCGCGGCCUCGUACACAUCGUUUCCAGCCGAGGGCGCUGAAAAUCCCGGCAGCAGUGCUGCAGCCAAUAAUGAAGACGGCAGCACUGCACAGUCGGUGCCAUUUAUUGGUCCCGAUGAGCUGCCACCGCCGUAUCAGAGCAGCGGCACCGGCGGCGUGCCCAUGGUCACCUGUCGCGUGUGUCAGAACAUGAUUGACAUAACCACAAAGCGGGAGCAACACGUGGUCAAGUGCACCCACUGCAAUGAGGCAACUCCCAUACGUAAUGCGCCACCCGGCAAGAAGUACGUGCGCUGUCCUUGCAAUUGUUUGCUAAUCUGCAAGAGCUCCUCGCAGCGUAUCGCUUGCCCACGCCCCAAUUGCAAGCGCAUUAUCAAUUUGGCUCCAAGUCCAGUGACACCGCCCGUGCCCACCAUGCCGGGCAUGUGCCGGGUCACUUGUGGCCACUGCUCGGACACGUUUUUGUUUAACACCUAUCACAACGCACUGGCUCGCUGUCCACACUGCAGGAAGGUCUCCUCGGUGGGCUCACGUUUCGCCAACAGCCGCGGCGUUUUAUUUGCUAUUGUCGCAUUGCUCUUCCUUAUUGGUAGCAUUGGCCUGACCGUUGGCACCAUCUCAUAUGCAUCGAAUCAUGGCGGCAUGUAUAUCCUUUAUAUUGCCUUGUUUUUCAUUGCGGCUACCAUGUUGGCGCGUUCCAUUUACUAUUUCCGGCUUAAAGUGAGCGCGAUCGAUGGACCCAUGUAAGAUUCGCGGCGUGUCGGUUAAUAUGGAAGUGCAUUGUUUUAUUUUUAUAAAUAUAUAUAUGUGUGAGCAUAUAUACAUAUAUAUUAUGCAUAUAAUUCAUUCCUUUUGAUAUUAAACAAAACCCCGUAAAACAAACGCAAAUAGAACACAACAAAAGGGCAAGCAAUCCACCACAAUUUUCAUAUGCAGAACCGCCAGCUAUUAAUUAUAAUAAUAUAUAUAUUAUAUAUAUAUUAUAACAAAAUAACAGAAUACGUUGUUUUGUCGCGCAUCUUUAACAGAGUUAUUCGUGUUGAAUUAAUAUUAAACUUAGCAAAUUCGUCAGCAAGUAACUCCCCAUUUAAAGUGAUUUCUAAAAGCAUAAUUAAGACUUUAAGCCGAGCGCGUAACACCAAUUUAAAAACAGCAUAACGUAAACAAAAACAAAGCAAAUGCCUAAAAACGAUUACAUUGAAAGUGCUAAAAUGGAAACUAAGAACCGUAGGCAGUUAUUAGACCAAGGCGGACGGGGCGGGACGACGGACAGACGGACUGAUGGAUCGAUGGAAAUUGCACCACAUCUAUAGCAUAUUAAAGCAAAUUUUUAUAAAUAACUAAGCGCCAUUUUUUCAUAUUUCUAUAUAUACAAUAAUGUAUAAUUUUAUACGUUUGUGUUCUUGAAUUGUAUAAAUAUGUUUUGUGUACGUGUUUGUUUCAUAUCUUUCGAUAUUUAUUCUCGAUAAAUAAUGCGCUUAGAAUUGAUUGUUUUUAGUUUUGCUUUCUUUCAACGUACUAAGAAUUUAAUAAUGCACUUUUCUCGAGUUACGCCAAACGCAGAAACAGCAUAAAACAGCAUGUGUUUUUAUACAAUUUUGGGGCGUUAGAUAUAAUCGAAAGCGUAUAGCUAAUAGUGCUAAUGAAGGUACAUAAUUGCGUAUAUACACCUACAAUUAACUAAAUAAUAUGUCUUGAAGAACAAAUAAAAAUUACAAAAAUCUAAUAGAGAAAAUCAACGCUCAUGCAACAACAAUUUAGACAGCAACAACAAAAAAGCGGUUAAAGCAUCGUAUACAUUAUAUUAAAAAGGAAAGGUUUACUUUUGAAAUAUAUAUAUAUAUAUACACAACAUUUAUAUUUAGUUAUAUAUU